UGCGUUCGACUACUAAGUUUACGGAAGAGCAACUGGUGGAAGUGAACGCAAUUUAAUGGAUGAGAGAACGAUAAAUCGUCGAUCUACGUAAAUAAUACGCUUGAAUUUAAGCUUUAAUACAUAGGAAAAGGUGGCAAAAUGCCUUUAUUUGGCCAAAACCCGUUCGAUCAGGAUGUGGAGAAAGCAACUAGUGAAACCAACACAUCAGAGGACUGGGGCCUCAUUAUGGAUAUCUGUGACCGGGUCGGGACAGCUCCCAAUGGUGCAAAGGAUUGUCUCCGGUCAAUCAUGAAGCGUGUGAACCACAAGGUCCCUCAUGUAGCCAUGCAGGCGUUAACGUUGCUGGGUGCCUGUGUUUCAAACAGUGGAAAAAUCUUUCACCUAGAAAUCUGCUCACGGGAGUUUGCCAGCGAAGUUCGUAGUGUGUUGGGCAGGGUUCACCCAAAGGUCGCUGAGAAACUCAAGGCCCUGAUGAUGGAGUGGGCCGAAGAUUUCCAGAAAGACCCACAACUGAGUCUCAUCAGUGCCACCAUCAAGUCCCUCAAAGAAGACGGAGUGUCCUUUCCCACCAUAAACACCCAGAGCUCCAGCACAAAGCCCAACAGCACUCCUGCCACCAGCAGAGCUGCUGAUGAUGAUGAUCUGGCCAAAGCCAUUGAGCUGUCCUUACAGGAGCAGAAACAGCAGGCAGAGACACGACCCCUCACCAUGAUAGCUGAUCCACCCUACAACACCAACGGAGGGAAAGAGUCCCGUAAAGUACGUGCCCUCUAUGACUUUGAAGCGGCUGAAGACAAUGAGCUCACUUUUAAGGCUGGAGAGCUUGUGAUCAUCCUUGAUGACAGUGAUCCAAAUUGGUGGAAAGGAGAGAAUCAUCGAGGAGUAGGCCUCUUCCCAUCAAACUUUGUCACCACCAACCUGAAUGCUGAUCCAGACCCUGUUAUGUAUGUAGAGAAGACCGUAGCCCCAGAGGAGCCCAUCAUUGAAGUCAAAGCUGAGCCUGAGCCUGUGUAUAUAGAUGAGGAGAAGAUGGACAAAACUCUGUACCUGCUCCAGAACACAGACCCUGCAGAUGCGUCACCUGAUGGCCCAGAGCUGGUCACAUUAGAAGAUGCUUGUGAAAAGAUGAACCCAAUGAUUGAUGAGAAACUACAAGAAAUCGACAGGAAGCACUCAGAGUUGUCUGAGCUGAAUGUGAAGGUGCUGGAGGCUCUGGAACUGUAUAACCAGCUAAUGAAUGAGGCUCCACUUUACAACGCAUACUCUAAAAUGCAGAGUCUUCAAGGCACUUACCCAGGAGCCCCUACUCAGCUCGCUAUGCAGGGUUAUCAGCCAUCUGGAGCCUACAUGUCCUCUGGUGUUCCACAGGGAUAUAGUCUUACAGACCAAGCUGGCCCUCUCUGUUCCCUUCCUCAUUCAGUCAAUUCAGUGCCCACCAGCCAGCCAGCACAACCUCAGUACAUCAGCGCCCCUAUGAAUGCACCAUACGUAAACCAAGCUCCCGGAGCCCCCGCCCCGUACCCACCACAGAUGGGCAUGGCUAUGGACAUGUCCGCCUAUCAGAACGCUACUCCCGGUCUGCCUCCAAACUCCUAUCCGAUGUCAGCUCCAGCCCAACCUGCACCUCAGCAGCAACAAGCAGCCUUCUACCAGCAACCCCUUCUGUAAGGCUGUACAGCAAGUCAGCCAUUAAUAUUCAAUGCAAAUUCCAAAUGGUGAAAUGAGGUCGAGAGUAUUUUUCUCUCCUGUCUCUAUUGAUGUCAAGGGGUAUGCAACGAUUCGCUGACAUCUGUCUUCACAGGACAAAGAUGCAAUCCACUUGAAAGGAAGCAAGCACUUCAUUUUCUCUCCCACUUACUAAUCCAUGAAGCAGUUUAGGCCAGGUGUUCAGAGUUGAUGAAAUGAGUCACACUAACCAUAAACAUAAUUUGUAUUGUCUUGUGAUAAUCAUCAGCGUAUUCUUCUUUUUUCCGAAUAAGAAUACUGUUCCGCUCGCAUAUUAUUCCUCAUUCGAAGAGAUCGUUCUUAUGAUUAAUUGUUGCCAUUUUCAUUCAUUUCUGGGUUGGCUGACCGUAAACUUUCAUUUCUUGCCUUUCAAAGCAAAUGUGGGUUUUUAUGCGUUAUAGAGAGGAUGAUUGUAUGAAGAAGAUUAUA